GCCCAUAACUUCUUACGUGGUAUCCACGUCGCUUAUCACUUCCCCGCAAAAUAGGGACCAGACUCCGCACUCCGGAAUGCAGCCCUGGGAAGUAUGGAUAUCACGUCCCAGGUAUCAGGAUAUCAUCAGGGGUCCCUAGUAGAUAUGGAUACCUCAGCGUUACCAUGAAGUGGACUUGACUUCAGCUUGAACUAUGCCUGAUACAACUACAUUUCAACAUCGAACAUAUUCAUCCAACCCCAGAUGAAUCGUCCUCGACCGACGAGGUCCAAGACAGGUUGUUCUUCAUGUCGCCGCCGCAAAGUCCGGUGCGAUGAGACGAAGCCUGUCUGCAAUGCUUGUACCCGUUUGGGUCUAACCUGUUCUUACGAACCUGGUCGUUCAGCUAGUUCAUCCGAAACGCAUCGAUAUCGUGUGCGCUUCGUCAGUUCCAGGUACACAAGAUCACGCCCAAACGAAAACAAAGGCAGCCCAAUCGGAGCUGUGUCCCCUAACGAACGACAGCAAUAUGCAAUCCCGGACCACAACCGCGAGGUCCCAGAGGACAAUUUAAGUCAUCGCUCAGAUGUAUCACAAUGUGAGACUAUCCAAGACAAUUCUCCGAUACUUCAUAGUUCUCCCACGCAGGCGUUGAUCAAAAGCUCGCCCCAACAUGAUAUUCCUCCUAAGGUAAUCCCGGACUAUGGUGUAUUCAACUCUGGCUCCCAGUUGAACAGUUAUGAAGCCCCCAAAGACGCUGGCUAUGUGCCGGCAUUUUUCGACCUUAACAUGAACUUCGACUUACUAGGCGAAGAUUGGUUAUCUCCGCAGACGAUAGGAGAUGAGCCUCCGUCAGAACCAGAGCCAUGUACAGCAGACAUAGCGGAGUCCGAAUCAAAUGUACAAGGAGCUGCAGUUGUAGUUGGCCCUGACGAUCACCGGCUGAUCCAGCACUACUUGAAUGUUAUGACCAACUACGCCAAAAUACGGUGUUCCGGUGACGAAAAUAUCUACAGCCAUAUUUUCAGUAAUAUGGCGUUGUUUUACGCGCCUCUAUAUAAUGCCUUGAUGGCGUGGACGGCCUUACACCUUGGACAGACAAGGGGAGAACCCGAUAUGGUUCGGAAAGCCGAAGAGCGAUACGCGCACGCCGUCUCCCUAACGCAUCGGGACCAAAAUGUCGCAUUGCACUUCGAGAUUUCCAUUGUCACCAUAUGGUUCGCGUUGCAAUUUGAACUUCUCGCCGCCAAAGGAAUUGAAACUUUCUGUCAGCAUCUGGAAUUCGCAGCCGAUCUUGUUGAUGCUCACCGGCGACAUCAAAGAGCCGGUGGAGAGGCGACCCCCCUCGGACACAUUGGCUGUCGCAUGUUAGUCUGGCUAGGCGCGUACGAUUCUCGCGCAUCCUGCAUUGGAGGUUCGGGACGUCUAUUACAGAUCCUUGAGUCUUUUCGCUUAGAAUAUGACUUCAUCGACGCCGCAUUCCCGAAUUUUCCCGGAAGCACCGACGAUCUCAAGCCUUGCUUGCGCUUAUCCCUAGAACUCGACUAUAUGGAGAGUCGGAUCGUCCAGUUACAUCGUAGGCCCGGUACCGCGCCGGCUGCAAUAUGGUCGUCGGUGCAGUCCGGUCUUAUAGCUAUGCGCGAACGGCUCGAAGGUGAUCCUUCAGUGGCUCCGAUUAUAGCUUAUAUCACCAAUCCGACACGGUCGCUUGCGGCUAGGAUCACCACCAAGCGUUUUAAUAGUCUGCUACUCCUAGCGACAUUUUACGGUGUCGUCAUAACUUUCCAUAGGAUGUUACCUGCUCAUAUAGCAAUAGAAACGCUGGGUAAACUCUUACCAGCUGAAGCUGCUGCGAGCUACAUCAUUCGCCUAGCGUCAUGGGUAUGUCGGUUUCGGCCGUCAUCCCCGCAGAAUAUUUGGCCACGCCUUCUGUUCUUAGCCGGUAUUGAAACCACAGAUCUGGCUUAUCAGGAUUGGGCUAUAAACGCACUCACAGAUGCGGAGAUCUGGGGGGCAAAUUUCCGCAGGACACGUCUGCUACUCGAACGGAUAAUCGAUGUUCAGAGCACAAAAGGGGCUCGGGUUGACUACCUCGAUGUUAUGAGGCGAGAUACAGGCUUGUUUAUUAUCUAGUGAAGACGAUAUAUCGUAUGAUCGAAUGUAAAGUGAUACUGUAAAUGAUACACGAGCGUAAAGUGAUAAUAUAGCGUGUUUGCUAUGAUGAUUAACGGUUGUUAGUGUUAUCUAGUACUGUAGUCGACUCGUCACCCAAU